AAUUUCGAAAUCCAUUUUAACUCCUUGGUAGUGGCUCUCUAUCCUUCGCCCUUCAAUAUGGAAUUUAUUUACCGUGUUGCCACUCUCUUCCUCCUCUGUUUCAUCCACCCCUGUUUCUCUGCGCUGGUUCAAGAGCAGCCCCUCGUGCUCAAAUACCACAACGGUGCUCUCCUGAAAGGGAAUUUCACUGUUAAUUUGAUCUGGUACGGCAAGUUCACUCCGGCGCAACGAUCUAUAGUCGUUGAUUUCAUCAACUCCUUGAGCUCAACCCGUGCGGCUGUCCCUUCUGUUUCGUCAUGGUGGAAGACUACCGAGAAGUACAAGGGAGGCUCGUCUACCCUCACCGUUGGAAAACAGGUUCUUUUUGAGAAUUACCCACUCGGUAAAAUCCUUAAAAGCCCCCAUUUACCGGCCUUGGCUAGCAAGUUCAAUGGUGUCAAUACCAUCAAUGUUAUCUUGACGGCGAAGGACGUUGCCGUCGAAGGGUUUUGCAUGAGGUGCGGUACCCAUGGGUCGACGAAGGGUGUGAGUGCGUCGGCUCGCGGAGUCUUCUUGUGGGUUGGUAACUCGGAGACUCAGUGCCCAGGUCAAUGCGCGUGGCCGUUUCACCAGCCCAUCUAUGGUCCUCAGACACCGCCGUUGGUCGCUCCUAACGGAGAUGUUGGAAUCGACGGGAUGAUCAUUAACAUUGCAACGCUUCUGGCCAACACCGUCACUAAUCCCUUCAACAACGGCUAUUUCCAGGGACCCGCUAACGCACCGCUGGAAGCCGUCUCGGCCUGCACAGGGAUCUUCGGGUCUGGCUCGUACUCGGGAUAUCCUGGUCGGGUCCUUGUGGAGAAGAGCACCGGAGCGAGUUACAAUGCAAACGCGAACAAUGGCCGGAAAUAUCUUCUUCCGGCGAUGUGGGACCCCCAGACAUUAGCUUGUAAAACCCUGGUUUGAAGGAACAGGUGGCGGAAAUCAACGGUGGAAACUUACACGUGGCAGGAAUAUGUAGUUAUUUAGAUGUGGAUGUAUGGGGAUGCGAGGGUAUGGGGUAUGUUUUGUUGGCUGUUGUGAUGACGACGUGUAAAUUCGGGUUUUCAUAAGAUAAAAGAAACAUGAGUAAAAUAUGAGGAAAAAUGUUGUAUACUUAAAAAUAAGUUAAAUGGAAAAUUGGAAAUAAUUGUGAAAAAAAAAAGAAAAAGAAAAAGAACAAAUCCCUUGAAUGUGGAAUUGGUACUAGGGAUUGUGUUUGUUGGUGGGGUUUGGUUUUUGGUGUAGAUAAGAAUGAUUUCAGUGCUGGGGUGGGGGCCUGAGAAGGUAGCAGCUGGGGUGUUGGUAUUACUGCUAUUUUGGUCGGUAUGAUUUGAUCCUUAUCUCCAACGAUGGGAUUCACGCCCGUUAUGAUAUUUUACAUUUCGUUCCAAGUGGAUUGCAAGAUUCAAUUGCUAGUGUGCUUUUUUUCUUUUUCCUUUUUUUUUUUUUACAGAAUAAUUGUUAAAAAGUAAA